GGCGCUGCUGCAGGACUGCCGUCUGCUGAGAGGACACGGGCUCUGGGCUCUCGCGGCAUCUGCUACCUGGGCAUCGCUGCCAUCGCAUGGGGUACAGUGACGCGCGUGGAGGUGGGUGCUUGGACGUACCACUACAGUGACCGAGGGGACUACAAUUGGGACCAGGCCAGGAACUACUGCCAGACCUUCUUCACCGACUUGGUGGCGAUCCAGAACAAGCAGGAGAUCGAGUACCUCAACAACACCUUGCCCUUCCAUGGACGCUACUACUGGAUUGGGAUCCGCAAGCUGGGCGGCACCUGGACCUGGGUGGGCACGAAGAAGGCGCUGACAAAGGAGGCGGAGAACUGGGCAUCCGGGGAGCCCAACAACCGCCGCUCCAACCAGGACUGCGUGGAGAUCUACAUCAAGCGGAAGCAUGAGUCGGGCAAGUGGAACGACGAGCCCUGCAAAUUGAAGAAAAAGGCGCUGUGCUACCAAGCCUCCUGCCAGCCCUUCUCGUGCAGCCAGCGCGGCGAGUGCGUGGAGACCAUCGGGAGCUACCGCUGCGAGUGCUACCCCGGCUUCCACGGCCCUGAGUGCGAGGACGUUGUGAAGUGCACUGAGCUCCAGCCCGAGGGAGCGCGCAUGAACUGCAGCCAUCCCUAUGGAGACUUCAGCUACAACUCCACCUGCGUGUUCGGCUGCCAGGAGGGGUUCGAGCGGCGAGGAGCAAACAUGCUGCAGUGCCUGGCUUCCCAGAAGUGGUCAGCAGAUACCCCCACAUGCACAGCCAUCACCUGCCCAGUGCUCAGAGAGCCAGACCGGGGGCAGAUGAACUGCUCCCACCUCCAUGGGGUCUUCGCCUUUGGCUCCAUGUGUGCCUUCUCCUGCCAGACGGGGUUUGCACUGAAAGGAUCAGAGAGCCGUGAGUGCACAACCACAGGGGCCUGGACUGGGGAUGCUCCACAAUGUGAAGCCAUCACCUGCCCAGUGCUCAGAGAGCCAGACCGAGGGGAGAUGAAGUGCUCCCACCUCCAUGGUGACUUUGCCUUCAGCUCCACGUGUGCCUUCUCCUGCCAGGCGGGGUUUGUGUUGACGGGGUCAGAGAACCUCGAAUGCAUGGCCACAGGGACCUGGACUGCGGAUGCUCCACAAUGUGAAGCCGUCACCUGCCCAGUGCUCAGAGAGCCAGACUGGGGGAAGAUGAACUGCUCCCACCUCCAUGGACACUUUGCCUUUGGAUCCACAUGUGCCUUCUCCUGCCAGACGGGGUUUGUGCUGACAGGGUUGGGGAGCCGUGAGUGCACAGUCACAGGGACCUGGACAGGGGAUGCUCCACGAUGUGAAGCCAUCACCUGCCCAGUGCUCAGAGAGCCAGACCGGGGGAAGAUGAACUGCUCCCACCUCUAUGGGGACUUCGCCUUUGGCUCCACGUGUGCCUUCUCCUGCCAGACAGGGUUUGCACUGAUGGGGUCGGAGAGCCGUGAGUGCACGGCUACAAGGAACUGGACUGGGGAUGUCCCACGAUGUGAAGCCACCACCUGCCCAGUGCUCAAAGAGCCAGACUGGGGGAAGAUGAACUGCUCCCACCUCCACGGUGACUUUGCCUUCGGCUCCACAUGUGCCUUCUCCUGCCAGACGGGGUUUGUGUUGACGGGGUCAGAGAACCUCGAAUGCGUGGCCACAGGGACCUGGACUGCGGAUGCUCCACAAUGUGAAGCCAUCCCCUGCCCAGUGCUCAGAGAGCCCGACCAAGGGGAGAUGAACUGCUCCCACCUCCACAGACACUUUGCCUUCGGCUCCACGUGUGGCUUCUCCUGCCAGGCGGGGUUUGUGCUGACAGGGUCAGAGAGCCGCGCGUGCACGGCCAUGGGGAUCUGGACUGGGGAUACUCCACGAUGUGAAGCCAUCAAAUGCCCAGCAGUAGCCAUCCCCAAGAUGGGCCAGGCUGCCUGCUCCCACUUCCACGGGGACUUCACAUUUGGCUCCACGUGUGCCUUCUCCUGCCAGACGGGGUUUUUGCUGACGGGGUCGGAGAGUCGCGAGUGCACGGCCACGGGGACCUGGACCGGGAACACACCACAAUGCAGAGCCAUCAGCUGCCCGGGGCUGGACCCCCCCAGCAGAGGCCAGCUGAGCUGCUCUCAUGCCUACGGUAACUUCACCUACAACUCCACAUGCACCUUCUCCUGCGAGGAGGGGUUUGUUCGGAUGGGAGCAGAGGUGCUCUGGUGCGCAGCCACAGGGAACUGGACCAGGCACCCCCCUGUCUGUGCAGAGGACGGUGCCCCCUUCUUAAAGCAAGUCCUGGCUUACAGCAGCGGCACAGCUCUGGGGCUGGCUGGCGUCGUGCUUUCAGGGACACUCAUUGCCAUCCUUGCCAAGCGGCUGAGUGACAGAGACGAGAAGAAGAAGCUCCUGAACCCCACCAGUGACCUCGGAUCGCCGGGCACCUUCACGAACGCAGCGUAUGAUGCCAACCU